AUGAAAGCUAUAUUUGGAAUCAUAUAAAUAAAAGGUAGAUAUGAAACUUUGACAAUUCAAGAAAUUAAGACUAAUUUUAUAAUGUUAAUAACUAGAGUGUUUAAAUUUCUUUAAUUCAUCAAAAGGAAAGAGACGAGCAUACAGGCUAAGUGUUUUAAUAUUUGUAGGCAUACUGCUUAUAUAAAAUAAUUAAAAAACCUGAGUAAUGAAAAAUAAUUCAAAGCUUAUUAUAAACGAAAAAAUGUAAAUAUUAAUUGAUUAAUAGGAACAUAAGUUCUUAAAAUGA